CCCUGGGUUUCUCAGCCCUCCACCCCUCCUGCCCAACCCCCCAGCUGGUCUCCCAGCUCUCCAAGCCUCAGUUCCCCGGGAUGGCAGCUGCUUCUCGCCACCUCAGCCUUGCCCCUCCCUGUGCCACCCACUCGACGGGCUCCACCCCUACUCCCUCCUUGCCUUUUUCCAGAAGCCAGGUGUCCUGGGCCCCGGGUCUCCCCGCCAAGUCCUCCGCCCUCACCCGGACGCCUUGCCCCCCAGGGCAUCCCGGGCGGGGCUGACCAUGGGUGCCGGGGGCCGCUACUGUCUCCUCCUGGCCUGUUACCUGCUCUUCCUGCUGCUGGCAGCGGCCGUGUUCGUGGGCAUCGAGGGCCCUCCGGAGCGGCGCCUCCGGUCACAGCUCCAGGGGGACCUGGCCGACUUCCGGGAAGCCUACGGGGACUGCCUGCCUCCCGGCAAGCUGGAGGGGCUGUUGGACGUGGCCCUGAGGGCCGAGGGCUACGGCAUCUCGGCUUUGGGCAACGUCUCAGAUGCUGAGAACUGGGACUUUCCAUCUGCGCUGUUCUUUGUGGUCAGCGUCCUCACCACCACUGGUUAUGGCCACACGGCCCCGCUGUCCGACGGCGGGAAGGCCUUCUGCGUUGGCUACGCGGCCCUGGGCCUCCCCGUGGGCCUGGUGGUCCUGGCUCUCCUGCGGGGUCUCCUGCUGCCGCCCACUCUGAGCCGCCCGGUGGCCUGGGUUGCCGUUCGCUGGGGCCUGGGACCCGGCCGCGCAGCCCUGCUCCAGGCCGGGCUCCUGGGGCUGCUGGUAGUUGGCGCCUUCCUGCUGCUCCCGGCCCUGCUACUCUGGGGCCUGGAAGGAGACUGGAGCCUGCUGGAGUCCCUCUACUUCUGCUUCGUGUCCCUCAGCACCAUCGGGCUGGGGGACUUGGUGCCAGGAAGAGGCCUCCAUCCUGCCCUCCGGGGACUUUUCCAGCUGGGCCUUAUCUGCUACCUGCUCCUGGGGCUCCUGGCCAUGCUGCUGGCUUUGGAGGCCAUCUCCCAGCUGCAAGAGGUCAAAGCCAUCGUGAGUUUCUUCAGCCCCCAGAGCCUGCCCCUCGAAGAGGACCAAGGGGGCAUCUUGGCCCGGGACCAGCUGGCACUAAGCAUCCCACCUCGCCCAGCUCCGCUCCCUCCUCCAGCCACAUCCCUGGAACCCAUCCCAGUACUGGAAGCCUAGGGCUUCCCGGAAGGACCAGGGGCCAGCGGAAAGGGAUCGUGUCUCCUUUAAAAGGGGAUGAAGCUGAGGGCAGGACACCUGUGACCCAGAGUGGGGGCGAGGCUUUGAAGGCCAUGAUAUGGGAGAGCCGACUUCGAGACUGUAGGUGAGAGAUUAAGGUGGGUCGGAUUCUGCAAUCCGGGAAAAUAAAGGGACUCUUCCCCAC